GAUGCGUUCUUUGCGUCCCGGCUUGGCUUACCUGCGGAGAUUCGACAGGAGCUGUUGGCUCAGGACAACGUGGUCACAGACAAGGUCGAGCGAAUCAAGUCGAUGUUUUUCCCCGGUGUGGAGACAAUGUACACGACGUACGAUGUCUGCAUCCACAUACCGGAUCCCACACGGCCUUCGCUUCGAGCCAUCGGCCUGCCAGAUAUGACCAGCUUCGAUACUGAAGCCAUUCCUGUGGCGAACCUUCCCAAGGCCAAUUGGUCCUGGCGCCGGCGAGGCGAGGAGCUGAGCAACGAAGAGGCCUUGGAGCGGCUGCUGCAGGAACACGGUAUCGACACCAACGACUAUCCGCCUGGCGCGACCGCAGAGCUUUGCGACGAGCUCUAUGAGUCGCGAUAUGCCACGCUGAAUAUUCGGGCUGGCCACCUCGUUCGCAACAUCCAGAUCAUCAAGGUUUGGCUAUGCGCGACCAUCCUCAGUGUGGAUUACGUCCUUCGCUCCAAAGGCAAGAUGCAGUUUGGAAAGCGAGAGCGCAACCACAAGGAAGGUCCUGUGACGAUGCGCAUGCGGUCCGACCAGGACUGGAAGGCCGCGGCUCUAGCGUGCCUCUACGGCAAGCUUGGCAUGGAUGAAGCUUUUGUAAAGUCGCAUCUGGUCAUCGUGGAUUCCUCAUAUCGGUUGGACGAGGAGGUGGAGUAUUCCAGAUCAUAUCCUGGGCUCAAGACCGUGUACAAUAUCCAUACCGUCAAAUGCCGGGUCAAAGAUGUGGACAACCCGGAGAUGUCAUUUAUUGGGCUGCCAGAAGGUAAUGACUUUGCGGUCACUCGGGUUAGACAAAGUCUGCGACCCUCGAAAACUGGCCGAGAGGGCGUUGUGUCGACGCUCUGGUUUUGGAAACCUAGGAAUCAGCUCACUGAAACCGGUGACCUGUUGUAUUUCCAGAAAAGUUUCACCAACGAUCAGCACAAAGACCUUGACACGGAGGAUUGCACGCCCGUGGCGAAGCGCCAAUUGGAUCUGCCCAUGCUCCUCGAGGUGCCAGUCUCUGACGAAGAUGGCGACGAGUACAGGCUUGUCGUCGCCGAGCUCAUGAAGGGGAGGACCACGAACUGGUCCCGAGCCCGGCGAGCUGCCAAGAGGUCGCUUGCCAAGCAACCCAGCAAAAAGACCUGCCCACUGCUCUUCUGGAAAGCAGCCAAGGGCCAUAACGCGAACCGUUUUGUGCAGGACUGUGCCAUGCAUUCCGCAGGGCGGGGCUUGUGCGCUCGAACAUGGCAGCGGAGCACCUGGUGUGCUUCUGAUCCAGGGCGGCAGCUGAUGAGGAAGGACUACUCCUUCGAUGUCCCUACUUGGAAUGGGGACCCGGCCACCUUCCACACCUUCGAGACGGCUUGCAGAUGGUACGAGAACACUCUGAAGGAGGGCGAAAGAAGAGGCGCUGCGGCUCGUGUGUGGAGCCGACUUACCAGCCCCGCUAGGAAAGACAUGGAGACCAUCCCGGAGCUGAUUGUCCGGGAGGACGACCUUUUCAGAGAGCUUCAGCUGAGCCUGCUUCGGUCCCGUGCAAGGAAGCAGGAAGUCUUGGAGGGCGUGCUGCCUCCCACGCCUGUGUCUCCUAAGGCUGCGGCGGCUGCGUCGCCGAGCUCGGCCAAGGACAAGAAGGAGGCCACGGACGAGGGCGACGAUGCUGAGGCUGCUCCCCAAGAGGAGGCAGCUACUUCGACCCCGCCUUUGCUUGUGAAGCCUGCUGCCCCUACCGUUGGGUUUUUCGAAGAUGAGCUGAGAGGGUACAGACUCCUCAAGGCGGCCGGGCUCAACAGCGACCAGCGGAUGCAGAUCUUAACCUUGACUUCUAACUCGGUCGCCUUCGAGAAAAUCCGUCAGGCUCUUCGUGCCCUUUUUGGUGACCCUGAGGAAGGCAAGCAACAUGCUCUUCGGCCCCACCGACGUCGUGGAAUUUGGUGGGCUGAGGAUUCUCCUUGGCCUCCCUCUUCCGGCUGGGGCGAAGAAGAGGCCUGGCUGAUGGAUGAUGGCUGGGCUGAGUGGUCGUGGGAUGAAGAGGCCCACUGGGCUUCUCCCGAGUGGGCGGCCGCUUCUUGGCACGACUGGGAUUCCGAGCCCUACGCGGAGACCCCGGUGACCGAGGCCAGCGCGGAGGCUGAGGUUGACGUUGGCAGCGAUGCUGGAACAGUCCUCAAGCUCACCAAGGCGUUCUACGGCCUCGUCCACGCCCCAAGGGUAUGGUACGAAUCUGUCGUAUCGGCCCUCAAACAGUACGGAUGGCGACAGAUGACCUUUGAUCGUUGCCUGUUUGGGCUCUACAGCGAGGCUAAUGAGCUCAUUGCUGUGACCGGGAUUCACGUGGACGACUUCUUGAUUGCCGGCAAGGAAGGCGACGAGGUCUACGAGAAGGCCGAAGAGCACCUUCGCUCUACCUUCAAGUUCGGCAAGUGGUCCCUGGCUUCUGAAGGUUUUACUUUUGCAGGCUGCUUUGUGAAGCAGACUCCUGAAGGCAUCUACGUGAACCAGGAGGAGUACAUUCGCGAGUGGGUGAAGGAGAUUCCUAUCUCCAAGCAGAGACUCUCCCAGCAGAAGUCUCAAGCGACAAAAGAGGAGGUUGCUGCACUUCGUGGUCUCCUCGGGACAGUGGCUUGGAAGGGAACCCAGACCGGGCCGCAGUUCCAAGCCGAAGUUUCUCUUCUUCUGUCCAAAGUUCCCACCGCGACCGUCGCUACCCUGGAGGAGGCGAAUAAGCUAGUCCGCGAAGUGAGGCGAACGGCCAGUCAGCGACUUCUGUACCCCUCCUGGGGCCUGCCUUGGGAAGCCAUCAGCGCGGUGGUCUGGGCUGACGCCAGCCAGGGGAACCGUCCGAACAAGUCCUCGACCGUGGGUUAUUUGGCCUGUUACGGACCACGAUCUCUCCUUGACGGCGAAGAAGGCCAGCUUGCUCUGAUUGCUUGGAAAAGCAGUAAGGCACCAUGCGAAACUCUUGGAAGCAAUGGAGCCGAAGUGCAAGCGAUCACCAUUGGUGAAGAUUCAUGCUUCCUUUUACGAGCUGUGUGGUUCGAGCUGAAUGGCGGUGCUGUCUCCCGUGAGAGCUUAGAAGCUGAGCUAAAGGCCAGGACACAUGGUGCUAUCAUCACAGAUAGCCACGGCAUUUUCGAUGCAAUGACAAGAAAUCUCAGUUCAUUGCGUGGCCUGAGUAGAGCCGGAUUUGAACUUACUGUUUCCUACCAGCAGGCUAUCCGCAUCGGCACGAAACUUCGUUGGGUCAACGGCGCGACGCAGUUGGCCGACGGGUUGACCAAAAAAGUGACCCCCUCGGCAAGAAAAGGACUUCUCGAAUUCCUGACAAGAGGCCAGAAGUGGAGCAUCGUUUACGAUCCUUCUUUCACAGCCGGGAAGAAGCUUACGAAAGCAAAGCUUCAGCAGAUGCUGAAAUCUCAAGAGGAGAUGUUUAUCAGCAAGCUUCGAGACUUCACCCGUGAUUGCAACUUUCCUUGGUUUGAAGACUUAGAACCGCAAGAGCCUUAUGUGUGUGAUUUGGAGGCCCAAAACCUCAGGAAAAUGUUGCGGAUGUGA